AUGGGUGACCAUGAAAACCUGUUUGUCCGAAACAAGGAUGUACCUCGCCAACUACAUCUCACAGCAUUCAUGCGCCCUGUCUCCCUCCACACCGGUGCAUGGCGAUAUCCUGGAGCAUAUCCCGACGCCAACUUCAACCUUUCGCAUCUCAAAUCCUUCAUCAAAAAACUGGAAGAUGCCAAAUUCGAUGCAUUCUUCAUGGCCGAUCAUCUUGCGGUGCUGAACAUGCCAGUUGAAGCACUUAAGCGAAGUCACACCGUCACCUCUUUCGAGCCGUUCACCCUUCUCUCUGCUCUCUCACAAGUCACAGAUAAGAUCGGUCUGGCUGCAACAGCAUCAACAACUUACGACGAACCAUAUCAUAUCGCACGUCGCUUUGCAUCUCUCGACCACAUCAGUAACGGUCGUGCGGCAUGGAACAUUGUAACUACUGCCAAUCCCGAUGCGGCAAAGAAUUUUGGACGUGAUGAGCACAUGGAUCACUCGGAUCGUUAUAAGCGUGCACGCGAGUUCUACGAUGUCGUCACUGGUUUGUGGGACAGCUUUGCGGAUGAUGCAUUUGUUCGCGACGCUGAGUCCGGCACAUAUGUCGAUCCAGAUAAGAUUCACGUCUUGAACCACGUAGGAGACGAAUUGAAGGUAAGAGGGCCACUCAACAUCGCCCGACCCGUUCAAGGCUGGCCAGUCAUUGUCCAAGCCGGUCAAUCCGAGCCUGGAAAGCAGCUUGCUGGAGAGACGGCCGAAGCUGUGUUCUGCUCACCGAAAGACAUUGAAUCCGCCAAACGACUAUACGCCGACAUCAAGGGACGUGCUAUUGCUGCCGGCCGCGAUCCCAAUCAUAUCAAGAUCCUGCCUGCCACCUUGAUUGUCGUAGGCAACAGUAUUCAUGAUGCACAAAGCAAGCGACUUAAACUCGAUAGCCUGGUCCACUACGACAGUGCCAUUGCCUCAUUAUCAAUCGCACUCGGAACAGAUGCAUCCAAAUUCGACCCAGACGGGCCACUACCUGCCGAUCUUCCCGAGAGUAACGCAAGCAAGACCAGCCAUGCUGGGGUUCUGAAAGUUGCCGCGGAGGAAGGGUUGUCAGUGCGACAACUUGCACAGCGGCAGGGAGGCUAUUCUGGACUUGCGUUCGUGGGGACGCCUGAGGGGAUUGCGGACAGCAUGCAGCAAUGGUUGGACGAAGAGGCGUGCGAUGGGUUUACGGUUGUGCUACCCUUCUUGCCACAAGGUCUGGAUGAUGUGACUCAACUGUUGGUGCCAGAAUUACAGCGGCGUGGCAUUUUUCGAAAGGAUUAUAAGGGUACAACGCUUCGGGAGCAUCUUGGUCUUCCACGGCCAAAGAAUCGUUUCUUCGACUGA